AUGCAGACUGAAUCUGUCCUCAAGACGAUGCCAUCAAGUGACGGCGAACUCUCUGAUCCGCCUGGCACCCUAUCUUCGCCGCCACCUGCAUCGUUCCAAGGACGAUUGGCCAAGUAUCAAUACUCACCCAACAAGAGCGACACACCAUCUCCUACGAAUGCAUCACCUCACCCAUCAGCAAAACGUUCACGCACUACGACUGUGACCAAGACCGAAAUCACCGAAUCCGCCCCAACAUUGUCACCUCGCCCAACAAAGAAGCAGCGCAAAUCCAGCAAAUACGCCGAACCCUCGAAAUACGCUCACCUUUCCCCACUCGUCGACAUCCUCGAAGCAAACCUAGUAUGUGUCUUUGUCGGCACCAACCCCGGCGUCUCAACCGCGCGCCAAGGCCACGCAUACGCACACCCCUCAAACCACUUCUGGAAGCUCUUACAUUCCUCAGGCCUAACUGAUCGCCGUCUCGCACCCAGCGAGGACACGAGUCUGCCGGCGCGAUACUGCAUGGGCAACACUAAUAUCGUCGCGCGCCCGUCGAGAGACGCUGCGGAAUUGAGCAAGGCGGAAAUGACCGAGGGAACACGAGCCCUUGAACUCAAGUUCGCUGCCUAUAAGCCAGAGGCGGUGUGCAUUGUCGGUAAGGGCAUCUGGGAGGCGAUUUGGCGGUUCAAGUAUGGGCGGAAUAUUAGGAAAGAGGAGUUCACGUAUGGGUGGCAGGACGAGGGGCAUAAUAUGGGGAAGGUGGAGGAGGAGGGGUGGGUGGGCAGCAGGGUCUUUGUGGCUACAAGUACGAGUGGACUUGCGGCGAGUCUGAAGCCGGCGGAGAAGGAGGCGAUUUGGAGACCGUUUGGGGAGUGGGUGCGGAAGAGGAGGGAGGAGAGGGGGUUUGUUCCUAGGGGGACUGUAGAAGGCGUGGAUCAAGAUGGCGUUGAGGCUGAGGAGAUGGUCGGGGACGAAGAGGGAGCUUGA